AUGACAACUUUAACCGAAGCACAAGACACAUCUACAUCUUGUGCGUCUAAGUUAGCACCAUGCCAACCCUACCUUAGCACCACAACCACCCCACCAGGCAGUUGCUGCAACCCCAUCAAAGAAGCAGUUGCAAAGGAGCUCCCUUGCCUUUGCAAAAUCUAUAGUGACCCCAAUUUGCUUCAGGGUUUGGGUAUAAAUGUCACUCAGGCUGUCAUGCUCAGCCAGAGAUGCGGUGUCCCCACUGAUCUCAGUAGUUGCAAUGGUAUUGUGGAUUCUGUGUUUGACUUCAGCUCCAUCGCCAACUGCUCCAGAUCAACCCAACCACGGAUUACAUCAGUUGUCACUGAUGAGCCUUGGCUCAUUGCCGAAUUCCCAAGUUCAAUCAUAAGCCGUGGUUUUUUUCGCCAAGGAAAGAGUGGGAGAAAAGAUAUGACUCGACUCACAAUUGGUACACUCGAAAAACGCAUAAAUCUAAAAUCGUCGACAGUCAACAGUCUCCCCAAAAUCAAAAUCAAAAUGAUGGAUGCAACAAAGCUAUCAGAAUUGAAGCAAUUUAUCGAACAGUGCAAAUCCAAUCCUUCUAUCCUCGCCGAUCCUUCUCUUUCCUUCUUCCGCGACUACCUCGAAAGUCUUGGUGCUAAGCUCCCUGCCUCUGCUCACAAGGACCACGACUCCAAAUCGAAGAGCUACGUGGCUGAGGAGAGUGAUGAGGAAAUGGAGGAAAAGGAAGAGUCACAAGUAGAACCUCAAGUGGAAGAGGAGGAGGAUGAGAUAAUCGAAUCUGAUGUUGAGCUCGAUGGCGAGAUUGUUGAGCCUGAUAAUGAUCCUCCACAGAAGAUGGGGGACCCGACAGUAGAGGUUACAGAAGAAAGUCGUGAUGCUUCUCAAGAGGCAAAGGCUAAAGCAAUUGAAGCUAUCUCUGAAGGUAAAUUGGAGGAAGCGAUUGAGCAUUUAACAGAAGCAAUUUCUCUCAAUCCAACAUCAGCAAUCAUGUAUGCCACAAGAGCUACUGUUUACAUCAAAAUGAAGAAGCCCAAUGCAGCUGUCCGGGAUGCUAAUGCAGCUCUUGAGAUUAACCCGGAUUCAGCUAAGGGAUACAAGUCUCGUGGCAUGGCACGAGCAAUGCUUGGCCAAUGGGAAGAUGCUGCUAAGGAUCUUCACCUGGCAUCGAAGUUAGAUUAUGAUGAGGAGAUAAGUGCUGUUCUUAAGAAGGUUGAACCAAACGCACAUAGGAUUGAGGAACACCGCAGGAAGUAUGAAAGGCUACACAAAGAGAGGGAGGAUAGAAAGGCUGAGCGUGAGAGACAACGUCGUCGUGCUAAAGCUCAGGCUGAGUAUGAGAAGGCCAAGAAGCAAGAACAGUCAUCUUCCAGUAGAAAACCUGGAGGUGUGCCAGGUGGAUUUCCUGGUGGAAUGCCAGGAGGAUUUUCAGGAGGUAUGCCUGGGGGAAUGCCUGGAGGUUUCCCAGGUGCCACACCAGGAGGCAUGCCUGGUGGUUUCCCAGGAGGGAUGCCAGGAGGGAUGCCUGGAAAUGUUGAUUUUAGCAAAAUAUUGAAUGAUCCUGAAUUGAUGGCUGCAUUUAGUGACCCAGAAAUCAUGGCUGCGCUUCAAGACGUGAUGAAGAACCCAGCUAAUCUUGCUAAGCAUCAAGCUAACCCCAAGGUGGCUCCUAUAAUUGCAAAGAUGAUGGGCAAAUUUGCAGGAGCUCAGUGA